CAUAACUGUUGAGGAUUAACACAUUCCAAUGUUGCAGAUGAGAAUGAAGAUUUGCAGAAGCUUGCAGAAGAGGAAAUAGUUUCCUGUCAGGAAGAGAUAACUGAAUUGAAGCGCCAGAACAAACAGACAACAGUGAUUUGGUCAUGGAAGUAACUGCUGGAGUUGGUGGACAGGAAGCCAUGCUGUUCACUGCAGAGAUAUUUGAUAUGUAUCAACAAUAUGCUGCAUACAAAAACUGGAGAUUUGAAAUACUGGAAUAUUUUCCAAGUGAAAUAGGUGGCCUGAGACAUGCAGCUGCCAGUAUAGUAGGUCUUGAAGCAUACAAGCUCAUGAAGUUUGAAGGAGGAGUGCACCGUGUUCAGCGAGUGCCAAAGACAGAAAAGCAAGGCCGUGUUCACACCAGUACAAUGACUAUUGCAAUAUUACCCCAACCAAUGGAGAUCAAUCUGAUAAUUAAUCCUAAAGAUUUGCAAAUUGAAACUAAACGAGCAAGUGGAGCUGGGGGCCAGCAUGUAAAUACCACUGACAGUGCUGUACGGAUAGUUCAUAUUCCAACAGGUGUAGUGUCUGAAUGUCAACAAGAGAGAUCUCAAAUAAAAAAUAAAGAGAUUGCUAUGAAAAUUCUUCGUGCUAAACUCUACAGCAUCAAACUAGAAGAAGAGACAAAAAAGAGAUAUAAUGCCAGAAAGAUUCAGAUUGGGACCAAAGGAAGAUCCGAGAAGAUCAGAACAUACAACUUUCCACAGGAUCGUGUUACUGAACACAGGAUAAACAGAACAGUGCAUCAUAUUCAUAAAUUUAUGUUAGGGGAAGAACUUCUAGAUGAAAUGAUAAAAUCCCUGAGAGAAUAUGCUGAUUAUGAAACUUUAAUGGAAAUUAUUUCAGAAAAUGAAAAAACAAAUCUGACCUGAACUUUGUUCUUUGCCAAAUCCUGUACUGACAGGUAUGGAUACCCUGACAAAGAUUAGCUGCAUGACUGCUGGAACAUUACAUAGGCAGUAUAAAUUGUAUUUCAGACCAUCACGGAGGACUAAUUUAUCUCCUCAUGACCUCUAAACAUUUUUUCCUAUUGACCGGAGUAGAAGACUAGAUUUUUCUAUGAGACGUUGUUACAGAAUAGGAAAUCUAAAGUAAAUACGAUUGAGUUUGAAGUGAUUGCAGUUUUUACUUUCUCACCUGAGGACAUUGCUGCUCUACUUUCAAAAGGUAUGCAGAAAAACUGAGUUGCUUCUAGUUCUAGGCUUCAUUUGAGCAUAAAAAUCUAUUCCGUACAGUAUAAAGCCAAGUAUGUAGGGAGCCUCCUUUUGAUAACAUUUAGGCCACUUAGUUGUGCACUGAAGUGAGGUGGCCUACAUCACAGGUGAUUGAUCUAGCCAUGUGACUAACAAUGACUGUUUUGGUCGCUAGCCCAAUUAAUAUUCAAUUAUCUUAUUAAAGUAGAAUGAAUUAAAUAUGAGAGACAGAGAGAUUUACAUCAGAAUAUUCCAUAAUCCAGUGGCUAAGGUAUUCUUGAGAGGUAGGAGAUGCCUCUUCAAAUCCCUUCUCAUCAGACAGAGGGGAAAAUUAAAAGAGGGUCUCCCAUGUCUCAGCUGAGUACUUUAACCAAUGAGCUAAAAAUUACAAGGGAUAUUCCCUCUUCUCUACAGCCACUUUGUGUGGAGUGAGUCAGGUACUUAAGCUGUUUCUUAUGAAAAUGACUCCAAGACUGUGUCUACACUACAAAGAAAAUUUGGAAAAAGAUACGCGAAUUGCGAACCGCAAUCUAUGUAGGGUCAAAUGUCGGAAAAAAACUCUCUUUUGGAACAUCUCUUCUUCCUCAUAGAAUGAGGUUUAUAGGGAUGCCGAAAAGACACAUCUGCUUUUCCGAAAUUUUUUUCUGAAAAGCAGACGCAAUCCUUGAACAUGGCAGAGUUUUUCUGGGAUAUCUCUGGUAUCCUAGAAAAGCUCUGUAGUCUAGAUGUAUCCUAAGAAGGGUUCCUGGUUGUGGAUUACAAGCAAAAAUAGGUGCCUCCCUGAAGACCAGAUUUAGGAACUGAACUCUAAAAGGCAUUUGAGAUGACCAGGACGUAGGACACAUCUUUCUCAUCAACAUCUUCCAUCUGCUAGCUUAGGCAGCUGUGGCUUAGCUUGCUGACUUUUGUGGAUAUCAUAUUCUGAUGCUAUCUCUCCCCAUGAAUCAUAUAGGGAAUCUAGGCACCUCACAUACACUUUGUGAAUUCCAGUUAUUUUCAAAGCAGUGGAAAGAGGCUCAGUGUGGCAAAACCCAAUUCCUUUAUGGAUUUGGGAUGUACUAUCUGGAAGCCAAAACCUCAGGUAUUUCUUGCUUUAUCAGUUAUAUAAAGGUUAUAUACUAUUAGAAAACUUAUGGUGGUGAGACUAUUUUCUGUAACUUUCAGUAAAAUGUUAAUGUCA